GCCAGAUGGGCCAGGCAGUGGUCCACCUCCCCCUGUCAUCAAUGUCUCCAGCACAUCGACCCUCUUACCAUUGAACACUCCUUCAUCAAACUCACAUCCUCCUUCUUAAAAUGCCUCACCAGUCUCAUUCUUGGACUAUGCACCCAUCAUCUCCCCCUGAAUCAGCACCUAUUCUGA